AUGCAGCCGCAACAAUCAACGAUUCACUCUCUCUGUGUUCGUCUCUCUGUCUCUCUGUCUCUGUCUCUGUCUCUGUGUUCGUCUCCUGUCGCUCUGUCUGUCUCUCUCUCUCUCUCUCUCUCUCUCUCUCUCUCUCUCUCUCUCUCUCUCUCUCUCUGUCUCUCUCUCUCUCUCUGCGAUGGCACACGCACACAUGCACAGACACACGCACACAAGAGGAUCAAACUCGGUGGCGGGUGGGCGGUAGAAGAGGGUGUUGUGAGGAUGGGAAGAGGGAUCAAGGUAGCAGAGAGACGACCAGAGCACACGGCCCUCGGGCAUCGCCGGGGACAAGAACCGCAGCUGACCAGUCAGUCAGACAAGUCCAGAGAGGGCGGAGGCACUCACACGACUCGACGAGUGAGAGAAAACCGCACACAACUCAGGAAGAGCAGAGAUAGCGUCAGAGCGAUGACACAGGCCAGAGAUGUGGCUUUUGGAACCGAUGUCGACAGAGAUGUCUCUGUUUGGUAA